AUGCCUAGGAAAGUUUACGUAGUCGGUGUAGGUAUGACGAAAUUCGUCAAGCCUAACACUGGGAGAGAUUAUCCUGAUCUAGGCAAAGAGGCCGUCGAAGCCGCUCUUGCCGAUGCUCGUAUCAAAUACGACGAUGUACAGCAAGCGGUUUGCGGAUACGUGUUCGGUGACUCUACUUGUGGCCAGCGGGUUCUGUACCAGGUCGGCAUGACCGGUAUUCCUAUUUACAACGUUAAUAACAACUGCUCCACAGGCUCGAACGCAAUCUUUCUUGGCAAACAACUUAUUGAAGGUGGUAUUUCUGAUGUUAUACUCGCUGUCGGUUUCGAAAAAAUGACUCCAGGUGCGCUAGGCGCCGCUACUUUCUCGGAUAGAACUAAUCCUCUGGAUAGGCACACUCUCAAAAUGGCAGAAAUUGCUGAAUUGACUGGAGCUCCCAUAACAGCUCAGUAUUUUGGCAAUGCAGGUGCAGAGCAUAUGAAAAAAUAUGGCACCACUGAAACUCACCUUGCAAAGAUAGCUGCCAAGAAUCAUCGUCAUGGUGUUAAGAAUCCCCGAGCUCAAAGCACAAGGGAGUACACCGUUGAAGAGAUUUUAAAUUCUCGUAGAAUUUAUGGUCCACUUACAAAGUUGGAGUGUUGUCCAACCAGUGAUGGGGCAGCCGCAGCUGUUCUUAUGUCAGAGGAGGCUGUUAUUCGUUAUGGACUUCAGCAGAAAGCUGUAGAAAUCAUUGGUAUGGAGAUGGCAACCGACACGCCUGCUGUUUUCAAAGAGAACAGUUUGAUGAAAGUUGCAGGCUUUGAUAUGACAGCUUUGGCUGCAAAACGUAUCUACGAAAAGACUGGAAUAUCUCCAAAACAAGUCGAUGUAGUCGAAUUGCACGACUGCUUUGCCGCUAACGAAAUGAUAACGUAUGAGGGUCUACAGCUUUGUGGGGAGGGAGAGGCUGGUAAAUUUAUUGAUGCAGGGGAUAAUACUUAUGGAGGCAGAGUAGUUGUCAAUCCAAGUGGUGGUUUAAUAGCGAAGGGGCAUCCACUAGGAGCAACUGGUCUUGCACAGUGUGCAGAACUUGUGUGGCAACUGCGUGGGGAAGCAGGAGAGAGACAGGUACCUCGCGCUCGUAUUGCCUUGCAACACAACUUGGGACUCGGAGGCGCAGUUGUAAUCACCAUGUACCGCAAGGGUUUCACAAAUGCCACUCCUAACCAAGUUGCAGCGAUCGCUGCAAACCCUGAGAACUUCAAAGUAUAUAAGUACAUGAAGAUUCUCGAAGAAGCAAUGCAAACAGAUGAAGACAAACUUAUAGAGAAAGUUAGAGGUGUAUACGGUUUCAAGGUACGAAAUGGUCCCAAUGGUGAUGAGGGAUACUGGGUGAUCAACGCUAAGGAAGGCAAAGGCUGUGUCACAUACAACGGCAAGGACAAGUGUGAUGUUACAUUCACGAUAAACGAUGAAGAUGUCGUAGACUUAAUUAUGGGCAAACUGAACCCUCAGAAGGCAUUCUUCCAGGGUAAAAUCAAAAUCCAGGGUAACAUGGGCUUAGCAAUGAAACUCACUGACUUGCAAAGGUCAGCGGCUGGCAGAAUCGAGACUAUUCGCUCUAAACUAUAAAAUAACUCUAGUAAUAUUUUAAAUCUUAUCUGGGUUAUGGAAGAAUGGGUCUUUGGGCAUUUAUAUUUAUCGAUACGUCACAAUAAACUGGCACACCGCCGACCUUUACACAGAUAAUAAUAAGACUCAAUACAUAGUUUCAUUUUAAUAUAUAGUGCAAUAUAUCAAUUAUCUUAAAGGAUUGUUAAGAAUAAUAAAUUGAUAAAAAAAAUUAUAUCAUUGUUGUGUGUAUACUAAUCAUUCCAUAUUGUAAAUUACAUAAAAUAAUAUUGUUGUUUAGAUAUUUUUCUAUAUUAAAGGAUUUUUUAUUA